UGCCAUAGUCCAAAAGCCUCCCAGAGGGCCAAUGUGCCUGAAAAAAUGGUGCGCACACUCCUAGGCGAUCAAGCCCUGUUGCCAUCGCCUGUUACCUUCAUGUUUGGGGUCUAGCUGAGUCUAGCUGUUUGGUUUUGGAACCACUGGUUACCUCCUUGUUUUUCCUGCCUCCCAUUUGUAUCCAGCGGUAGGAAGCCCUACUUGGUUGUGAAACGAAUCCGCUGGGACGAAUCCAACUGCUGCGGGGUUUGGUCCAAUCCGUUGUCUAAAUGUUCAGAAGAAGGCGGAACAGUAAGCUGACGAGUGAGCGAACUGUAAGACAAGAAGUAAGACAAAGGAAGAGAACUGGUUAAUUUGCCUGGUAAGACAAAGGUUCAAAAUAAGUGUCACUGGAAGAAGGCAAGCUGUCUUCAGCUAGUUAAGAUGUUAUGACUUUCUAUGAAGAACCCAGUGACAUCCGUCGCAGCGGUUCAGACCGGUUCAGAGGACUUGGUCCUGCUGCUUUUGGAUCGAAGGCCUGGAUUGAAGGCCUCCCAAGAUGCAGACCUCAUAGCUGCCAUUUGUGAGGUUUCCAUUGGGAUCCCCUCCAGUGCCAUUGGGAUUGGAACCAGUUGGCACGGCGCGAUGCUGUGCCGGCCAGGCCGACAUCUUCUGACCUGGAGGCCCUUGUCCUUGGCCUUUGCGCGCUGGGAGGCGAGACUUUUCUCCGAGCCCGGUGCAGCACCAAGUGCAGGCGACACCGAGGAGAACACCACGGAGUCCUCCUUGGUCACCAAGGGCGCGCGUGUGUAUCGCCGAACUCGGGCGGAGCAUUGGCGCCGCUUUGAGUGGGGUAUUGGCAGCCGGUUUCGGAUGCUGGGCAAGAAUCGCUUCAUGCCGGUGCACGCGCCGCACCCCAUGAAUUCGGUGGUGCGUGACGACUACUACGACAGCGACAACCCAAGCAUUGUGUGGAAUGAGCUUCGUGAGGGCUGGGAGGUGUUUUGGUACGAGAAUCAGAAGCUCACAGCGAGGCCAUUCCCGGUGAAGAAGUACGGCUUAGAGCGAGCCAAAGUCGAAGCCUUCCAAUUCUUCCAAGAGCUGGAAGAAGCAGGGCGACUAGGCCAACGCCCUAAGAUUGAAGCGCCACAGGAGGGAGUUUUCUUUGAUCAACGCAUGCAAUGCUGGGUGAGCCUCUUCUGGCGGGACGGGCGGCCACAAAGCCGCUGCUUCUCUGCCACGAAGUAUGGCUUCGAGGGAUCCAAGAUGUUGGCGAUGGCCAAGCAGCGUGACCCCGUGAACGGCGUCUUGGCAGUGCAGGGUGGAGCAGGAACCCCGAUCAUCCUGAAGGAGAAGGGGAAGCCAUCCUACGUGAACAGGAUGAACAGCGGAAUGAGAGGGCCCACUGGAUUGAAAUACAAAUGACAUGGAACGAUCUCUUUG